AAGAUGGGGAGCCAAUGAAAAUUAGAAAUAUUCCAGACAGAAGUAGAGAGGACAGGGUGAGACAGUCUCAGGCAAACCUAAUGGUACAAACCAGGACUUGGUGGAGGGCCAGGAGUUCACCAGUCUGGUGAGAAGAAGGUCCCAGGCUAGGAGCAGACUGUGCAGCACCGGGUCCCAAGCUGCACAGCUGGCCCGAUGGGGGAAGCAUUGGAGCUCAUGACUCAGGGCAGCCAGGCUGUGGUCAGUUGCUCAUAUCCAGCUGACCCAGAUGCCAGCAUAGGGGUCACUUGCUCUCAGGUGGCCUGAGGCUCUCGAAGGCAGACAUAGACACUUUGAGCUGGCCAGAACCCCUAAGAAGAAGAAUGUACUGCCCCUCAAUCCCUUAACUGAGGACGACUCCCCUCCCCCUCGCCGCAGCUGCCUCUCUGGACCAAGGGAGGGGGAAGUGGCCAGAAGGGGAAGUGUGAGGAGUUCCCCUCCAGCCUUUCACCAGUCUCCUCAGGUCUUCGGAACAGAAGGCCUCGGGCCCAAUCGUGGCCAUGGAGCCCGUGGAGACUCCCGUCAAGGAUGGCAUUCUCUACCAGCAGCACGUCAAGUUUGGCAAGAAGUCCUGGCGGAAAGUGUGGGCUCUGCUGUAUGCAGGAGGCCCAUCAGGCGUGGCUCGGCUAGAGAGCUGGGACAUUCGGGAUGGUGGCUUGGGGCCAGCAGGGGACAGAUCUUCAGGGCCUGGCAGGAGGGGGGAGCGGAGGAUCAUCCGCUUGGCUGACUGUGUGUCUGUGCUGCCGGCUGAUGGUGAGAGUUGUCCCCGGGACACUGGUGCUUUCCUGCUCACUACUACCGAACGAAGCCACCUGCUGGCUGCACAGCACCGCCAGUCCUGGAUGAACCCCAUCUGCCAGCUGGCCUUCCCGGGCACAGGGGAGUGCUCCUCAGGACCAGGAGAAGCUGAGUCGCCCAAGAGGGGCCUCGUCCCCAUGGAGGAAAAUUCCAUCUACUCUUCCUGGCAGGGAGCGAGUGAGUUUCCAGUGGUGGUGCAGAGGACUGAGGCUGCUGUCCGCUGCCAGCUAAAGGGACCCUACCUCCUGGUGCUGGGCCAAGACACCAUCCAGUUGAGGGGAACUGCCAGCCCCCAGGUCCUCUACAGCUGGCCCUACCACUUCCUGCGCAAGUUUGGCUCUGACAAGGGCGUGUUCUCCUUUGAGGCUGGCCGCCGCUGUGACUCAGGCGAGGGCCUCUUUGCCUUUAGCAGCCCACGUGCCCCUGACAUGUGUGGGUCUGUGGCUGCUGCCAUCGCCCGCCAACGGGAACUGCUGCCAGAACGGGCUGUGGCCAGGCCUUGCCCCCUGCCUCGCGCCACCUCCCUUCCCUCCUUGGACCCCCCUGGGGAGCUUCAGGAGGUGUCACCAGGGGCUGAUCUGCCCACCUGCAGAAGGGCACCUGUGGUCGAUCCUGGGCCCCAAAGCCUACCGUUACUACUGGGCCCUGCGCCUGAGGAGCCGGUGUCCGAUCUCUACGCCUCUGUGUGCAAGCGUGCCAGUGGACCCCCAGCCACCAUCGAACACCUCUACGAGAACGUGUGCCUGCUGGAGGCCAGUCCUGGACUGCCCAAUGGGGGCCCUGAGCUCCAAGAGAGCCUUUCUGGCGGCCACAGCCCCGUAGCCAGCCCCAUCUAUCACAAUAGCGAGGACCUGAGCUGGUCCGGCCCCACCCAUGACAGCAACCUUGAGGCUCAGUACCGGCGACUGCUAGAGCUGGAGCUUGAUGAGGCAGGUGGCACCAGCCGCUCCGGCAGUCAGGCAGGCUUCAAGGCCAAGCUGGUGACACUGCUGGGUCGAGAGCGGAGGAAGGGUCCUACUCACUGUGACUGACCCUGAAGACCUGGGCAGGAUAGAGGUGCUCCUGGGACAGGAGGGUGGGCAAACUCCUGUCUACUCUGGCUUGCAGGAGCAAAGUAGGCAGCCUGGGAAGGAUUCACACCCUGCCCUGUGUGUCCCCCAGUGUACAGUGUACAGAUUAACCAAUAAAGUGCCAGCUACCCCUCA